AUGGCUGAACUAGACAUCCCCGGUUGUGAUAGCAAAGCUAAAGAAAUUCCAAUUGUUGAAGUAAAUGGCAUUGGCAGAACACUUGAAAUAGCUGAGGUAAAUGACGAAGGCAAAACACAAAGCAGUGCUUCAGUUGGAUCAUGGCUAAUCCAAGUAAAAAGCACAUUCAAUCCUCCCAGUAAAAUGUGGCAAGUCUCUAGAAAGGUUUGCAUUUAUAGGGUGAUUAAACGCAUGAUGGUUUCUAAUCCUGAAAAUUAUGCUCCUUUCGUUAUAUCAUUUGGGCCGUAUCAUCACCAAAAACAUCCUCAACUAUUCACAAUGAAUCAAUAUAAACUCGAAGCAAUUCAUAGAAUGUUGACAAGAUUGAAGAUAGAGGUCACUAGCUUGAUUGGAGAUAUUCAAAGGCUGGAGAGUAAAAUAAGAGAGUGCUAUGCAGAACCAAUUGAAAUGGAUGGAGAAACAUUAUCUUUGAUGUUAGCAAUGGAUACUUGCUUUAUUCUUGAGUUCUUGAAAAGCUUUGCACUAACAAGGGAUGAUAGUGAUACGGAUUGUUUUAGCCUUGUUUUUCAAAACAGAGAUUUUGAGAACUCAAUGUUUGGUGGGAUAUUAGAUGACAUUAUGAAGUUAGAAAACCAAAUUCCUCUGUUUAUUCUCAUAGAACUACUCCAGUUAGAAUUUGGAACUCGAACACUUGCAAUUGCACAGUUAGCUGCUCUGUUGAGUACCUACAAAGUGUUUUGUGGAUUUCCAUUUUCUUCAUCAUUGCCAGGAAAUGCUGAGCUAACACUGAAGAAAUACAUCGAGAAAGAUCCUUGCCAUUUACUGGAUUUGUAUAGAAUGAUGAUUAAAAAUCUGUUAUCACAUUCGAAUCUGGAAUCAGCUAGUCCUGUUGAACAAUACAGCUGUAAUGGUCCAACUCAUAAUAUCAAUGGCAAGCGUAGACGUUAUGGGCGGUGGAUCAAUAUGACACUACCUGGUUGGAUGCAAAAACUCAGCUUCAUCGAUAUAUCUUCUCCCGAUGAAAGCCGCUCUACCCUAUGUCCAAAGUCUCCGGAUGAUAGCAGGUCUACCCUCACUGCGGAAUUAUUGCAUGGCGCUGGUAUCAAAUUCCAACCAGGCAAAAUUGGAUUUGAAAAGAGAAGAUUUGGAAGUAGUUUGCUUUCCCUUCCUCAAAUCCAAGUGUGGGACAACACAGAGACAUUGUUGCGGAACUUAAUGGCAUAUGAAGAGUGUCAAAGGUGCUCAUGGUCUCCACAAGAGACAAUAAUUUCACAUUAUGUACAUCUCUUUAAAGAUUUAAUUGAUUCAGAUAAAGAUGUUUAUCUGCUUCGAAAAUCUCAAGUCAUUUGGAACUUUGUGGGCAGUGAUGAAGACAUUGUACGUAUGUUCAACCAUCUUACAGAUGGAAUCACAUUCCAUUCCAUUCAAGAAAUUGAGGUGGUGAUGAAAGAGGCGAGAGAACAUUAUAACAGUCUAUGGAAUGUGUGGAUGAGCCAAUUUAAGAAAGAACAUUGUUCGAAACCAUGGUAUAUUCUCUCCCUUGUAGUGGCGACACUCAUUUUGGGUAUGACUGCUGUGCAGUGUAUCUAUUCGGUGAAGAAGUAG